ACACUGCCCGAUUUUGUAAACAACAUUUUGGCCGGUUGAAAUGGAACUCCUGAAUGAAGAUGCACCAAAACCAAGGAGUGGCAUGUCCACGGGAGGCAAGAUCCUGAUAGCGGCCACCGGAGGAGUGGCCGUCGGCCUGUCCAUUGUGUGCGCCUCCUUUGUGGCGCCCGCCUUUCGGAGGAUCUGUUUGCCUUAUGUGCCGGCGACCACCGAGCAAAUACAGAAUGUCCUGAGCUUCCUGCCCAGAAAUGCAGGCGGAAAACUGCUGGACAUUGGCUCCGGAGACGGCCGCAUCGUGGUGGCGGCGGCCCAGCACCACAAGGCUUUGAAGACGGACGGCGUGGAGCUGAAUCCCUGGCUGGUCUACUACUCCCGCCUGGCUGCUCUCCGCCACGGGGUCUCCAAGCAGACGAGGUUCUUCCGGCGGGAUCUCUGGAAAUUCGACAUCAAGGACUACAACUUUGUGGUCAUCUUCGGCGUGGAGCAGAUGAUGCAGGAUUUGGAACACAAGCUGAUUGCCGAGUGCCCGCACAACACCAAGAUCAUCGCCUGCCGCUUCCCACUGCCCAGCUUGGAGCACGCGAAGAUCAUCGAGGACGGAGUAAACACCGUGUGGUUCUACGACCUCAACAAAAGCUAG